CACAAUUGUUUUAUGCUUAAAGCAAUUAGAAGCGAAAUAAGCUUUAUUAUUUACCUCCUAUUUACCAUUUGAAUAAGGUAGUAAAUUUGUUCAUGUGAGCACAAUGCCGAGUUUCUAUUCAGCUUGUGUUGUUCUCAUUCCUGUACUUCUAUCCACAAUGGUUUUGAGCAGAAACGUACAUGACCGUUGGUGGUCGGUCGCACAGGAUUCCAUUCGUAAUAUGGUACAGAGAAAUAGAUCUAUUUGUCAAAAAGUAGAAGGAUUCACACAAUACCAAAAGAGAUGGUGUAAGAAGAAUAAAGCAUUUAUAAAGUUUGUAAUCGAGGGAGCGAGACAAGGAAUCUCGGAAUGUAAAUAUCAGUUUCGCGGUGAUCGAUGGAAUUGCUCAACAGAAGAAAAGAAAUGGAUAUUUUACGGGAAAUUUUUAAAAUAUAGCGGAUCUCGAGAGAGCGCAUUUGCACAUGCUAUAACUGCUGCUGGCGUAGUACAUGCCAUAUCUCAAGCUUGUGCAACUAAUAGUCUUCCACCCGAAUCUUGUCCCGAUGAUGGUCUGUACAGCAAAUUCGCAAGUGAGUUAGUGAAAUAUUUUCUUAACAAUAAAAGACACAGACGAGGACUGGAUCGCCGACUAGUAAUGGACGAUCAUAAUAACAAAGUUGGGAGGAUGACUGUUGUAAAUUCGUCCACGAAAAAGUGCAAAUGUAUCGAUGUACCGGGCAAGAUAGAAAAAUGCAACAAAACGUUCUGCUGGGAAGAAGUUGAAGAUUUUCGAGUAAUUGGCAAUGUAUUGAGAGAAGCAUAUUUUAAUGCAAGUCAAUUUUGGAUCCCGCGAGAUGAAAUUGCAUCUGGGAAUCUGAAUACCAAACUCAAAACUGAUCUCAAAUCUAACACCGAGCUUGUAUAUUUCAAUAGUCCUCCAGAUUUUUGCUACCGUGUACCGAGAAACAACUUUUACGGAACUCGUUCUCGUGAAUGCAAUGCUACAGGGUCGGGGUACGGAAGUUGUGAAUAUUUGUGCUGCGGUUAUGGCUACGAAUCAAAAAUGUUUGAAGUUGUCGAAUUGUGUAAUUGUGACACUCAAAAUAAAUGCUUCAGAUGUGUGCGCAUGGAACAGCGACAUCUAUGUAAAUAAUCAACUCCAUCAAGUAUAUAUACCAAAAUGUAAGAAAUUGUACUACCCAAUAUCAUUUUUUCCGUUACAAAUACAACUACAACAAAUCUUGUUCUUUUCCGUUUACCUAUAUUUGUUUUAAAAUGAUUUCAUUUUCUCGAUAUAUAUUAAUUGACCGAUCGCAUGCAAUAUCAAUACACAAAAGAGCCCAACACCGAAAGAUUGAAUGUAUAUAUUUGAGCAGAACAUAGUAUCAAUGUUAUCGUCAACAUCUUUCUGAGAUCGUCAUUGUCACAAGGGUGAUAUACUGGUCAAGUUGUUGGUGAUAAAUAUCUAUAAAAUCCAAUAAAUGUUUGAAGGUUUGGCAUUUUAAAUGAAAAAGUAUCUUUUGAAUUAAAGAACAAUAACAUACGUGUGUGAUUCUGCAUAAUGGUAUAUAAUAUAGAUUAAACAUGUUCAUGACUUUUGCAACUUUUAAAUUUUUUUUUCGACUUUCUGGUGUGAAAGAUAAUUUAUAUAAUAGUGGUUUUGGGUCACGCCAGAAUAAAAACUGUCUUCUUCAAUACAGUUGAAAUAUAAAUUUAUGGCUGAAAUGUCUUUAUAUUGGCGUAUAAAUGAAUUGGGAGACAGGAUGUCGAGAUCUAUAACAUCUUUUAGAGUCGACAACAAAUUUAAAAAAAAUAAUUU